AUGUCGCCCCGCCGCGCCCUGGCGCCCCGGCGCCUGCUCCUGCCUGCCGCGCCGCUGUUGCCUGUACCGGCCCUGCUGCUGCUGCUGCUGAUCGGCCCCGGCUGCCUGGCCGGCCCGGUGCCCUCCGCGCCACUGCCAGCACCGGAGCCGUGUGCCGCGCAGCCCUGCCAGAACGGGGGCGUGUGCACCCCAGCCGCCGCCGGCCAGCCGGGCUACAGCUGCACCUGCCCCGCUGGGGUCUCUGGCGCCCGCUGUCAGGUUGUUGCAGAUCCUUGUGCCAGCCACCCUUGUUACCAUGGUUACUGUCGCAGCAGCAGUGAUGGCUACGUCUGUGUUUGCAGCGAAGGAUACGAAGGGACUCACUGUGAACAGGCAGUUCCCAGUCUCCCGGUCUCCAGCUGGACCGUGGCCACAGUACCCAGGCAGCUGCAGCCUGUCCCUGCCACCCAGGAACCCGAGCUGAGCCAGCCCCGCUCUCCAGCCACGGCACCCCUGCCCACGUGGCAGCCGAAAACAGGGCAGAAAGUUGUAGAGAUGAAAUGGGAUCAAGUGGAGGUGAUCCCAGAUAUUGCUUGUGGGAACGCCAGUGCCAACAGCUCUGCAGGUGGCCGCCUGGUAUCCUUCGAUGUGCCACAGAACACCUCAGUAAAAAUGGGACAAGACGCCUCUGCUUCCCUGAUUUUGCUAUGGAAGGUCACAGCCAACGGGUUCCAGCAGUGCUCGCUCAUCGAUGGUCGGAGCGUGACCCUCCUGCAGGCCCCCCGGGGCCUUGUCCUCUUGGAGGAGAUGCUUGUCCUGGGACCCAAUUACUUCAUCGGUUUUGUGAAUGAUUCUGUGACUAAAAGUAUCGUGGCUCUGCGCUUAACACUGGUGGUGAAGCCCAGUACCUGUGCACCCAUGGGAAACCAUGCAAAUGAUGUGGAGUGUUCCGGAAAAGGAAAAUGCACCACGAAGCCCUCAGAGCAAUUCAGUUAUACUGGGGAGCUCUGCCAAUCCAACAUUGAUUACUGUGUCCUGGAACCAUGCAGAAACGGAGCAACAUGUGUUUCUAAUGUCAGCGGAUACACCUGCCAGUGUGCAGAAGGAUACUUUGGGUCCAUCUGUGAGGAGAAAGUGGACCCGUGCGCUUCGUACCCAUGCCAGAACAAUGGGACCUGCCAUGUAGACGGCGUGCACUUUGUCUGCAGCUGCAGCCCAGGUUUCACGGGGCCAGCCUGUGCCCAGCUCAUCGACUUCUGCGCCCUCAGCCCCUGUGCCCACGGCACGUGCCGCAGCGUGGGCACCAGUUACAAAUGCCUCUGCGACCCAGGUUACCAUGGCCUCUACUGUGAGGAGGAGUAUAAUGAAUGCCUCUCUGCUCCCUGUCUGAACGCUGCCACCUGCAGGGACCUGGUGAAUGGUUACCAGUGUGUGUGCCUGCCAGAGUACAAAGGAAUACACUGUGAGCUGUACAAGGAUCCCUGUGCCAACAUCAGCUGUUUGAAUGGAGGCACGUGUGACAGUGAAGGUCUCAAUGGCACAUGCGUGUGCGCACCGGGGUUUGCAGGUGACGACUGUGACACUGACAUAAAUGAAUGUGACAGUAGCCCCUGCCAUCACGCCGGAACCUGCCUGGACCAACCCAAUGGCUACACCUGCCACUGCCCACAUGGGUGGCUGGGAACCAAUUGUGAAAUCCAUCUGCAGUGGAAGUCUGGGCACAUGGCGGAGAGCCUCACCAACAUGCCCCGCCACUCCCUCUAUAUCAUCAUUGGGGCCCUCUGUGUCGCCUUCAUCCUGAUGCUCAUCAUCCUGAUAGUGGGCAUUUGCCGCAUCAGCCGCAUUGAGUACCAGGGUUCUUCCAGGCCGGCCUACGAGGAGUUCUACAAUUGCCGCAGCAUCGACAGUGAAUUCAGCAAUGCCAUCGCUUCUAUCCGGCAUGCCAGGUUCGGAAAGAAAUCCCGGCCAGCGAUGUACGAUGUGACCCCCAUUGCCUAUGAAGAUUACAGUCCUGAUGACAAACCCUUGGUCACAUUGAUUAAAACAAAAGAUUUGUAA